AUUUUUUUUUUUUUUAAAAAAAAAUAAAAUGUCAAAAUUGACAACUGAUUGUCUUUAUAUUAUAUUUAAUGAACUUAAAAGAGAUAUUAAAUCUUUACGUUCAUUCCUUUUAGUUGAUCGACUUUGGUGUGAAACAGUUGUACCUAUUCUAUGGAGAAAUCCUUGGAGAUUUUAUGAACUUAUAGAAUUUACAAAAAAGAACCAAAAUUUUAUUAAAUUUCUAUAUAAAACGCUCAUAUUAUUAUUACCACCUGAAUCUAAAGAGCUUUUAAUUAACAAUGGUAUUAUUUUAUUUCCUACUACAUUCAAAAAACCUUUAUUCAAUUACGUUUAUUUUAUUAAAUCCUUAAACAUUUACGUAAUUAAUCACACGGCUCAAAAAUUCAUAGAAUCAAAACAUAAUAAUACUGCUGAGAAGUUCUCUAUCGUUAAUCAACAUCAACCUAGUGAUAAUUCUCAAUUAAAUUAUCAUAAAUUUCUUUUUGAACAAGAAAUUUUAAAAAUGAUUAUUAGUCAAUCUCAAGGAUUAAGACAUCUUUCAUUAGAUAAUGAUAACAUUAAACAAUUUUAUUAUUUACCUGGAGCUAAGGAAAGUCUCACCAAUCUUGUUUCUUUAACUUGUGGCCUCGAAGUUGAUCCUUUAAUUUUUUAUGGUCUGGCACAAAUCUGUCGUAAUAUUAGAAAAUUACGUAUAUAUGAUUGUUUAACUGAGAAUGAUGGAUUGACCUCUUUGAUUAUAGCACAGAAGAAUUUACAAUAUUUUAUAUGUGAAUUUGAUCGCUUUGAUUAUAGACAUUUUGUAUGUAAAGGAAUAGGAAAUGCUUUAGUGAAACAAGCACAUUCUUUAAGAUAUUUUGAUUCAUUUGAUGGAGUUACAUUUCAUCCUUCUAUAUUUAAAAAUUUUGUUAAUUUACGUGAAUUAAAAUUAGGUGAUGGAUCAUUAAUUAGAGAUUAUGAUCUUCAUUUGCAACAAGCUAUGCUUCCAAGUCUUCAAUAUCUUGAAAUAGGAUGGACAUCUCUUUAUACGAUAGCGAAAAUUAUUCAAUCAACUAAAGGAGAUUUAGUUGAAAUCAAGGUUAUUGCAGGACAAAAUUUUACAAAAAAGAAUAGUAAAAUGUAUCUUAAUUCUAUUACAAAACAUUGUCCAAUGUUAAAGAUGGCAACAUUAUUUUAUUAUGGUGAUAAAGAUGAUAGUGAAAUCAAGGAAUUUAAAAAAUUAUUUUCGUCAUGUUUAUUUCUAGAACAAAUGGUUCUUAUCCGUUAUAAAGAACAUGGAUUAAAAGAUUAUGAUAAUGAAUUAUUGGAAGUAUUGGGAAAAUAUGCUCCUAUAAGUUUAAAAUCUCUUCAAAUAAAUAAUUUAUGUUUUUCACCAGAAAGCUUGACAGAAUUCCUUGAAAAAUGGAAGCAGAGAAAAAUACCCUUAUCUUUCUAUUAUAUUUUUGAAGAAGAUAUAUUUAAGAAUAUAAUUAAUGAAUAUAUUAAAGAAGGAGUCAUAAAAGAAUUUAAAGAGGUUGAUUUUGAAGAUUUUUUUUAAAAUUUUGAUCAUGA